AUGGCCGACCUUACGGAGGAGCAGAUCAAUGCCCUCAUCGUCAUUGAGCGCACUUGUUCAACGAUAUCCAUGGUGGCAAGCGGGUUUACGAUUCUCACUUAUUGUUGCUCAAAUUACUUCAGCAAAUCCAUCAACCGACUGAUCUUUUAUGCGUCUUUUGGCAACUUAUUGACCAAUAUUGGUACCAUGAUGUCUCGAUCGUUUAUAGACAAUCCGGAUUCUGCUGGUUGUCAGACGCAGGCAUUUUUAAUCCAAACUUUCCUGCCGGCGGAUGUACUUUGGACGAUGUCCAUGGCGAUUAAUGUCUAUCUUACUUUUUAUCACAAAUACGAAGCCAGAGACCUACGCAGGAUAGAGCCCAUCUAUUUAAUACUCUGCUAUGGCAUUCCGUUCAUACCGGGGUUCACGUUCAUCUUUGUAAAAAACCGUGAAGGGGAUCGGAUUUAUGGACCUGCAGUCUCAUGGUGCUGGAUAUCGUCUGAAUGGGAUAUUCUUCGACUGGCGGCCUUUUAUGCCCCAAUGUGGUUCUGCAUCCUAUUCAUUUUCGCCAUCUACAUUCGAGCUGGCCGCACCAUCUAUAAAGUCCGGAAGCAGGUCUAUGUCUUCCAGUCGUCCGAUCUCGACCCCAUCUCAAUCGAUGAAGUCAUGACAUCCUUCCCAUCUACCGAUCCAACCCUUACCAUGGAGGCCGUGCCUGACUCUGAUCCGGCGAAGUAUGAGCGCAAUCUCAGCCUCAGCCAACCCAUCUACGCAGCUGGCUCAAGCUCAGAAACCGCGACGACGAGGCCACACUCAAUCCAUAUCGCAACUAACAAGUCCAGCCAGUCGAACCAAUCUGAUGGGCCACAAUCAACCUUCUACGGUUACGCUACGCCACCUCACAGAGGUUCAAACGCGCCGCAGCCGCGAAAUCCCUCACAUUCUGCAACAUCACGAGCUCUCCGUAUGAUUCGCCGACGAAACCACGAGCGAGAUAAUGCCGCUUGGUCGUAUACCAAAUGUGCCCUCCUUUUCUUUACAGCCAUGCUUAUUACAUGGAUUCCAUCUAGCGCCAAUCGGCUUUACUCUCUCACCCACCACAACGCCACUUCCGUUCCGCUGGAAUUUAUGAGCGUCUUUGUGCUUCCAUUACAAGGGUUCUGGAAUUGUCUCGUUUAUGUCACCACAUCCUGGACGGCCUGCAAGAAUUUGUUCCACGAUAUGUGGCUAGCAGGACGGUCGGUUGCUAUCAAUCGCAUGGAACGAAUCCGCGGACGGAGGCAUAAUGAAGAAGGGCGUGAGAGUUAA